UCGAGAGAUCUUGUUUUAUCGCGAGGUUUUAUCUGUGUCUGGGGGAGUGAGUGAACUCGCUUGAGCUGCGUGAUUGUGCAUUUCUUUCCUUUAAAUAAAAGACGAACAGCUCGUGCCUGAGACAGAAAACAGGUCCUGAACUUUUCUUCUGGAAAAAAUGGCGAUCGAAAGCCUGCUUCCAGCCAACUUUGGCUAUGCAAUUUUUACGUAUUUGUACAGUUUUGUCAUGUUGAUGUAUCUCGGGGUCCAAGUUGGCAGUGCACGGAAGAAGUAUGGAGUAAAGUAUCCCAGCAUGUACAGUGAUAAGGAGCAAGUGUUCAACUGUAUCCAGAGAGCCCAUCAGAACACACUGGAGGUGUAUCCACAGUGGCUGGUGUUCCAGACUAUUGCUGCAUUGGAGUAUCCUAUUGCUGCCUCUCUGUUAGGAGUCAUCUGGGUUUCGAGCAGGUUCUCUUAUGCCUGGGGUUACUACACCGGUGAUCCUGCUAAGAGGAUGCGUGGUGCAUAUGGAUACAUUGGGCUGUUUGGAGUCAUUCUGCUUUCCAUCUCUGUUGCUCUCAAACUGCUUGGAGUGCUUUAAGGGACACGCCACUGAGAAAAUACCACAUAAAAGCAAUACUUGGCACUUAAUGUAGUCGUCAGUGAUUCUUUUUUCACUCUCUUUUUUUAAUUGCAUUGCUCCAUCCUGUAGCUUUUGCAUAGUAUGAAAUAUUUCAUCAAAUGUAAUCAACUUGUUAGGCUUUUAUACACAUUCUUUACACAGCUUUCCUUACAUUUGAAUGAGGGUGACCAGAUAAUCAUUGCAUGGUAGUGUUUACUGUUUAUGACCUGGGUUUGAGUCCAGCUAGUGUCAUUUCUGUUUGAGGACCAUAUUCUGUACAGAGCAUUUCAGGUGCAAAAUUGCAACAUUUCAGAUACUGUGCUGAUUUGAUUAGGAUGUAUAGUCACCCUAUGUUAUUUCGUUAAAUUCAGACAAAUGAAUAAUAAAAUGUCUGUGUAUGAUUCAAACAAACGUGUGAGUGCUUCAAACUGCAAGAAAAUAUGGUAGCCCUGCAUACUUUAUACUCAUUUUAGUCAUUUCUGAAAUCACUGUCAUGCCUUUAAAUGAGAUUUAAGUUUGUGAAAGUUACAUUGAUUACAUGAUUCUGAUCUCUCAGAUAAUAUUUAAAAUGGCAUAUGUCAGGGCUUUAGGACAACUGGAGCUUUAAAUUAUUUAUAAACAGACCUUAGGGUGUUACUAUGAUGCUAUGGUGUGUUGUGUGUGGUUACACUGAAAUCCUUAUCUCUCCAUAUGGCUCUUUCCUUAAUGAGAUAGUUUACCCAAAAAUUAAAAUUCUGUCUUCAUUUACCCACCUUCA